CGCCAUCUCCUUUCUCGCGCCGUCUCAUCUCAUCUUCUUCGACGCGUCGCGCCGGUGAGCACUCACACUCUCACCGGCGGCGGGCGGCGGCGGGAUCGAUGGACGACGCCGGCGAGAUACACGCGCUCGGGGGCAGCCUGCGGCGGGAGGCGUCGUCGGCGCGGUCGGGCGACGCCGCCGUGUUCUUCUCGCGGUCGUCGUCGAGGGAUGAGGACGACGAGGAGGCGCUGCGGUGGGCGGCGCUGGAGAAGCUCCCCACCUACGACAGGGCGCGGACGGCGGUGCUGGCCAUGCCGGAGGGCGAGCUCCGGGAGGUGAACGUGCAGCGCCUCGGCCCCCAGGAGCGGCACGCGCUGCUGCAGCGCCUCGCCUGGGUCGGCGACGACCACGCCCGCUUCCUCUCCAAGUUCAAGGACCGCGUCGACAGGGUUGGGAUCGAGCUGCCGACGAUCGAGGUGCGGUACGAGAACCUGAAUGUGGAAGCGGAGGCGUACGUUGGUAGCAGAGGUUUGCCCACCAUCCUCAACACCUACGCCAAUGUGCUGGAGGGUCUGGCAAACACUCUUCACAUAACACCAAAUAGGAAGCAGAAAAUAUCGAUCCUUCACAAUGUCAGUGGGAUAAUCAAGCCUCACAGAAUGACCUUGCUUUUGGGUCCUCCUGGCGCUGGAAAAACCACACUUCUUUUGGCCUUGGCUGGAAAUGUCCCUUCAGGUCUAAAGGUAUCUGGACAAAUAACAUACAAUGGCCAUACCAUGGAUGAAUUCGAGCCCCGGAGAUCAGCAGCUUAUGUUAGUCAACAUGAUCUACAUAUGGGUGAAUUGACGGUUCGUGAGACAGUCAAUUUCUCUGCAAAAUGUCAAGGAAUUGGCCACCGUUACGAUCUGCUAAUGGAACUAUCAAGGAGAGAAAAGGAAGAAAAUAUUAAACCAGAUCCAGAAGUAGAUAUAUACUUGAAGGCUGCUGCAACAGGAGAGCAGAAAGCCGAGGUGGUCACAAAUCACAUACUAAAGGUCUUGGGAUUGGAUAUUUGCGCUGACACAAUCGUAGGCAACAAUAUGUUGAGAGGCAUAUCAGGGGGGCAGAAAAAGAGAGUAACCACAGCUGAGAUGAUUGUCACCCCAGGACGAGCCCUUUUCAUGGAUGAGAUAUCAACUGGACUUGACAGCUCCACAACAUACAAUAUUGUGGACUCCAUCCGGCAGACCAUCCACAUUGUUGGUGGAACAGCAGUCAUUGCUUUGUUACAACCUGCACCAGAGACAUAUGAAUUGUUUGAUGAUAUAAUCCUCCUCUCAGACGGUCAGGUCGUCUACAAUGGUCCUCGUGAACAUGUGCUAGAAUUCUUUGAAUCAGUUGGCUUCAAAUGUCCUGAGAGAAAAGGCGUAGCAGACUUCUUGCAGGAAGUUACUUCAAGGAAAGAUCAGCGGCAAUACUGGAUGCAUGGUGAUGAGACAUACCGAUAUGUUCCUGUUAAGGAGUUUGCAGAGGCAUUUCAGUCUUUCCAUGUUGGUCAGGCAAUAAGAAGUGAGUUGGCAAUCCCAUUUGACAAGAGCAGGAGCCACCCUGCUGCCCUGAAAACAUCAAAAUAUGGUGCUAGCAUGAAAGAACUGCUUAAAGCGAACAUUGACAGAGAGAUAUUGCUCAUGAAAAGGAACUCCUUUGUGUAUAUAUUCAAGGCAACUCAGUUAACACUCAUGACAUUCAUUGCGAUGACUGUCUUUAUCCGCACCAAUAUGCAUCAUGACUCAAUAACAAAUGGGGGAAUAUACAUGGGCGCACUCUUCUUUGGGAUCCUGAUGAUCAUGUUCAACGGAUUGGCAGAAGUUGGUCUAACUAUUGCAAAACUCCCUGUUUUCUUCAAGCAAAGGGAUCUCCUCUUCUAUCCAGCAUGGACAUACUCCUUACCAUCAUGGAUCAUUAAGACUCCACUCUCCUUGCUCAAUGUAACAAUAUGGGUCUUCAUAACAUAUUAUGUCAUUGGAUUUGAUCCCAAUGUAGAGAGGCUUUUUAGACAGUUCCUGCUGCUUUUAGUAAUGAAUGAGACAUCAUCUGGACUGUUUCGCUUCAUUGCUGGGUUUGCAAGGCAUCAGGUUGUUGCAAGCACUAUGGGUUCAUUCUGUAUACUCAUUUUUAUGCUUUUGGGAGGAUUUAUCCUGUCAAGAGAGAACGUGAAGAAAUGGUGGAUAUGGGGAUACUGGAUAUCACCCCUGAUGUAUGCACAAAAUGCCAUAUCAGUAAACGAAUUUCUAGGUCACAGCUGGAACAAGACAAUACCUGGUUUCAGGGAGCCACUUGGAAAACUAGUUCUUGAAUCCCGUGGAGUUUUCCCUGAGGCCAAAUGGUAUUGGAUUGGUGUUGGUGCAUUGCUCGGAUACGUCCUGCUAUUCAAUAUCCUCUACACAAUCUGCCUCACAUUCCUCAAUCCAUUUGACAGCAAUCAGCCAACAAUAUCUGAGGAGACGUUGAAGAUAAAACAAGCUAAUCUGACCGGUGAUGUUAUAGAAGCAUCCUCGAGAGGACGAAUUACCACCAACACAAACACUGCGGAUGAUAGUAAUGAUGAAGCAAUUUCCAACCAUGCAACAGUGAAUUCUAGUCCAGGCAAGAAAGGAAUGGUUCUCCCUUUUGUACCUCUCUCCAUCACGUUUGAAGAUAUAAGAUACAGUGUUGACAUGCCAGAGGUAAUUAAAGCACAAGGUGUGACAGAGAGCCGGUUGGAGCUAUUGAAGGGCAUCAGUGGUUCAUUUAGGCCAGGAGUACUUACAGCUCUUAUGGGUGUCAGUGGUGCUGGAAAAACAACAUUGAUGGAUGUGUUGGCUGGGAGGAAGACCAGUGGAUACAUAGAGGGUAACAUUACCAUCUCUGGCUAUCCAAAGAAGCAAGAAACUUUUGCUCGUGUAUCAGGAUACUGUGAGCAGAAUGACAUCCAUUCACCAAAUGUUACUGUCUACGAGUCUCUUGCAUUCUCUGCAUGGCUCCGAUUGCCUGCGGAAAUUGAUUCUGCAACAAGAAAGAUGUUUAUUGAUGAGGUCAUGGAACUUGUGGAGCUUUCCCCCUUAAAAGACUCCUUGGUUGGAUUGCCUGGCGUUAGUGGAUUAUCAACAGAACAAAGGAAAAGGCUAACAAUAGCAGUGGAGCUAGUUGCUAACCCAUCUAUCAUAUUCAUGGAUGAACCAACAUCUGGACUUGAUGCACGAGCAGCAGCCAUUGUCAUGAGGGCAAUAAGAAAUACUGUGGACACAGGAAGAACAGUUGUUUGCACAAUUCACCAACCAAGCAUUGACAUAUUUGAAUCUUUUGAUGAGCUAUUCCUGAUGAAACGAGGAGGUGAGGAGAUUUAUGUAGGUCCAGUAGGUCAGCACUCGUGUGAAUUGAUCAGAUAUUUUGAGUCUAUUGAAGGUGUCAGCAAAAUAAAACAUGGCUACAAUCCAUCAACAUGGAUGCUGGAAGUGACUAGUACUGUACAGGAACAGAUAACUGGGGUUAACUUCAGUGAAAUAUACAAGAAUUCUGAACUGUACAGGAGGAAUAAAAGUAUGAUAAAGGAGCUAAGCUCACCUCCUGAUGGUUCAAGUGACCUAUCCUUUCCAACAGAAUACUCUCAAACUUUCAUCACACAAUGUUUGGCUUGCCUAUGGAAGCAAAGUCUGUCCUACUGGAGAAACCCUCCAUAUACUGCUGUCAAAUACUUCUACACCAUUGUAAUUGCACUGUUGUUUGGAACAAUGUUCUGGGGUGUUGGCAGAAAAAGGAGCAAUCAACAGGACUUGUUCAAUGCCAUGGGCUCCAUGUAUGCGUCAGUUUUAUUUAUGGGAGUGCAGAAUUCUUCUUCCGUUCAGCCAGUUGUGUCUGUUGAACGCACUGUGUUCUACAGGGAACGAGCAGCUCACAUGUAUUCACCUUUGCCAUACGCCUUGGGACAGGUUGCAAUUGAACUUCCAUACAUCCUUGUUCAGUCCUUAAUAUAUGGUGUUCUAGUGUAUGCAAUGAUUGGAUUUGAGUGGACAGCUGCCAAGUUCUUUUGGUACCUGUUUUUCAUGUAUUUCACUUUAUCAUACUACACAUUUUAUGGCAUGAUGUCGGUGGGUCUGACUCCAAGCUAUAACGUGGCCUCUGUUGUUUCCACUGCAUUCUAUGCCAUAUGGAACCUUUUCUCAGGAUUUAUAAUACCAAGAACUCGAAUUCCAAUAUGGUGGAGAUGGUACUAUUGGGUCUGCCCUGUUGCGUGGACACUCUACGGGUUGGUAACUUCACAGUUCGGGGAUGUAACUGACACGUUUGAUAAUGGUGUCCGUAUAUCUGACUUUGUCGAGAGCUACUUUGGUUACCAUCGUGACUUCUUGUGGGUGGUUGCCGUGAUGGUGGUCUCAUUUGCCGUCCUCUUCGCCUUCCUUUUCGGGCUCUCAAUCAAGAUAUUCAACUUCCAGAAGAGAUAAAUUGAGGAAGGCAUACCCGAGUUGUGUAUAGCAUGUGAAUACUAGCACAUCGUAAUUGUACAGCUUGAAAGCACAUUUGUAUCACCAUAAUUGUACAUCUUAAAGCACAUUGUGUAUCCUGGAAUUCAUGGUACUCAGAUUAACAAGUUGUUUCAUUGA